AAAGUUUACCUUGUCACUACCACCAUUGUUCUACGCAACCGACCUUAAAAUCACGCAAAAAUGGCUGCCGCUGUAUUCUUCCUUGACCCCCUACUCGCUUUCUACCCAACUCGGUUUUAUCAUCGUGAUAUUAUGGCUUUGGGCGCGAAAACCGAUUCGAAUUCUUCGCCUCGGAAUGAUGGCUCUGGUUUCCCCUCCACCCAAGAGAGGAAGACUCCACCGCCAAAAGAGUCUGUAGCUGAACAGAUACGCUCCUCUGUGCAGAGCACUCCGCUCAGCAAUCACGCCCCAACUGUGAAUCCCACAGCGAAUCCGGAUCAUCUUGUGGCAGAUUUCGACCGGUACAUCUUAGAUGACCUCAGAGACCGCGUUUUCAUGUCCGCCGACCAUUAUUUCUCCAAUAUUCUACAUCUUCCUGCCGACUGGCGGACGAAUGACGAGAUAACAUCCAAAAUCGAGGCCGUCAAAAAUGACGCUGUAUUCAAGAAUCAUGUAAAAGCCUACGUUGCAUUAUGCAAUGAGAGCAGUCCUGGGGAGAAGAACUUCUACCACCCCCACAGCCUGAUGUGUAACAGUGCAUUCGACGUUCUCGGUGCCACUGAAGACUCUGGAAUCGGCAUCUAUCGACAAGACGCGAAGCCGGUUGACGGCGGUUUAGAAAAGAACAUCCCCGAUACGUUGGGUGUUCUUCGCGCGAUGUUCAACAGUUCCGGAAACGUGGUUGACAACAUGAAGGACAAAGGCCCAGAGUAUAACUUUUCUGGCUUCACUGACUUUCAGCCCUGGAUAAAUUGCAUUCGCCAGCAGUUCCUGCAGGGGUUCGAUGGGAAGAACCAUCAUAAGGUGUACAAGGACCGUGGACCCACGGGGUCCUUUGAUGACGAAACUCUGCAGGCCUGUGUUUCUUACUCAGCCAUCGUCGAGAUCUGUAAUGAAUUCGCUGGUUCGGCUCUCAUAGUACAUAAUGACCAGCUCAAAGAGGGUGCCUAGUACUAGAUUGUAGUCCUCACACUUUCUUGUAGCCUUUAUAUUUUUCGUUGUCAAAUAAAUGUGCUC